AUUCUGUUAAAAUCCUACUAAAUAGUAACUUUUAAGUUUCACUAUAUGGCAACACACUUCAGAAAUUCCUUUUUUAUUUCGGUUCUUUGCCGUGUCGUUUAGGUGAAGAGCGACAGAAUGAAGUACAAUAAGCUCGUCACGUCCUCGAGGAGGAAAAACAGGAAGAGGCAUUUCAGUGCCCCCUCGCACAUCAGAAGAGUUUUAAUGUCAGCACCUCUGUCCAAGGAGUUGAGACAAAAAUUCAACGUAAAAUCCAUGCCUAUCCGCAAAGACGACGAAGUUCAAGUUGUCCGCGGACACUACAAAGGCCAGCAAGUCGGCAAAGUAGUUCAAGUGUACCGUAAGAAGUUUGUAGUCUAUAUUGAAAGGAUUCAGCGUGAGAAGGCCAACGGUGCCAGCGCAUAUGUUGGCAUCCACCCCUCAAAGUGCGUCAUCGUCAAGUUGAAGAUGAACAAAGAUCGCAAGGCCAUCCUGGACCGCAGAGCGAAGGGCAGGCUGGCGGCCCUCGGUAAAGACAAGGGCAAAUACACUGAGGAGACCGCCACCGCGAUGGAGGCAUCUUAAACUUAUAGACUAUAAGAACAAUAAAAAAAUUAAAACUCA